AUGGCCGCUUUGCAAGACGUCGUUUAUUUAAACUGCGUGGGUCCGGAAGGGGCCAUUCCAUUGUGCGGCUGGGUAGUCAGUAUCGCCGGCUCCGACACAGUCAUUGCAGCUGCCAGUGGCAUUCUUAAAGGGGUCGAGCAGGUAGUUCAGGGAAAGCACUCCGAUUACAAGAUUGAUUUUAUCAAGGUGCCCUCCGACUCGGUGACCAUUAGCUGUCCCUCAAUUUGGGGGGGCCCCAAGCCCAGAGACCUUCCUCCGUUGAAGGCCUGUCUUGAAGCAUGGAAAAAGAUCGAGAAGGCCGAGUUGCCGAGCAGCGAGGCCGAGCUUCCUUUACCUUCGCGGGCUCAGCGUCCUCGGGGAAGCCUUCGUGCCGGGAUGAAGGGGCUCAGGGGUCUUUUCAACGAGGACGACGACGACGAGGAGGAAGACACCGACGACGAGGAGGAGUUCACCAAGCGAAGAGCGACUUCCCGCAUGCAGCCUCCGGGGGCAUCAGGCAGCCGAGCUUCGUCGAGCAAGAAGGACGAGGGACAAGGCCUGGGGACCGGGGACUUGAAGAAGGCGCUCAUGCGAGGCUUAGCCGAGGGCCAGACUCCGAGCGACUUGAUGCCCAUCAUGAUGAUGAGCAUGCUCCUGGACAAGGACAAGAAGGAAAAGCGCUCCAGGCACAGCGGCCGCGACGGCAAGGACCUCAGCUUGUUUGGUGGUUCCGACUCCGAAGAGUCGGGAGGCGAAGACGCUUUCCAGGGCAAAGGGAUGCGGGCAGUGGCGACACUGCACAAGCUGCACGAGCAAAUCCGCAGGCGACCGAGGAAGAUAUGCGAGAUCUUCGAGCACGAGGUUGUUCAGGAGCUGGGGGUGAUCAAGGGCCAAAGUUGGACUUUGAAGGAUUAUGUGAAGAAGCAGCCGUGGGGAAAGUUCAAGGGGAUGUAUCGCUGUGCCUUGAUGGAUGUCGAAGUGUACGAGCAGCUGCGAAAUGGCGACCCGCAGAUUGCAGCGGCGCAGAUCGUGCAGAAUCUCAAGGCGAAGAUCCAAAGCGUGUUGCAGGGCGGGGACUGGAGCACGGCAUGGCUCCUCACUGGGCUGCCCGACCCACUCUCCAAGCGAGAGUGGGCGGGCAGCAAGGAGGAGAUGGCGAUCAUUUCGGGCUACGUGGAUGCUCUCCAUCGCCUGAAGAAGCGGGUGAAGGACAAUCAGGCCGCAGCGGAGGAGGACGAGGGAGAAGGCCAGGGUGCUCAGGGUAUUUUGCCGGAGCGUGGUGCCGGCGCCAACAUUCCACUCUUCCCGUGCGUGCUCCCCUACCCGGAGGCCAUCUUGACUGACGGUGUGAGCCUGGACCCCGAGGGUUGCCGUAGGUGGUUUGCCCGAGCCUUCGUUAACACGUUUGUGGCUUGGGGAAACUUCGUAACUCUUGGAUGUCCAGCAGAAGGGGGCAGUGGAUACGAGCCGCGGGUAGCUUAUUUGUGCCGGGAAGAGGCCCGGGUGAUGGCAGAUGAGCUUCUUGGCGAGGUGGAUGAAUUCGUUUCUCUGGAUCUUGCUCUAGGUUUCAGGAAAGGCUCUUUCAACGGCGUUGCCGGUGUGUGCUACGAGGGUGGCUAUGCCGGAACAGGCCGGGCUGGUGGACCCGGGCAGAUGGACAUCGCGGUGGCGUGCCAUCGGGUGCCACCCGAGGAGGAGAAUGAGCUUGCACGUAAGUUGGUUGCACAUGGCAUGGCAAUCCCCGUUCCAGAACGUGAACUCCCGCAUGAUAGUCGAGGGCAUCUUCAUGUAGGUGGAUUGUUUUGUGUUGCCAAAAAUGAGAAAGAGGACCGCUUGAUAUAUGACAGGAGACCAGAGAACAGCAAGAUGAGCAAGCUUACAUGGGCGAGGCUGCCGAGCGGGGCGUGCUUUACUAGGAUGCUUCUCGGGGAGAACGAGUAUCUCAGGGGCUCGGGGGAUGACCUACGCAACUAUUAUUACAUGUUGUCUUUGCCGCCGAACUGGGUGAAAUUCAACUCUGUGGGCCGGCGCAUGUCCCGCCAGGUGCUCGACGAGCUCGGUUACGACAGCGAGGUGGACCAUCGACUAUGUUUCAAAGUCUUAGGCAUGGGUGAUAUAAAUGGUUGCGAUAUUGCUCAGGCCACUCAUGAGUGCAUCCUUCGUGAACAUGGGGUACUUGAUCGUUCGACUCAACUGGUAUACGGUGAACAUGUCCCCCAGGGUCCAUUGUGGGAGGGAGCUUAUUUAGAUGACCUCUUGAUCACUUUGCGUUGCCGAGUUCCUGGGAGAGUACCUCUCGAUGGCAGUUUUCGCCCUCCCGCUGCGCAGGCAUCGGAUGCCGACGCCAAGCAGGUGGCAGCUGCUGAGAAGGCCUACAAGGAGGCCCGAUUACAGCGUGCCGAACACAAAGCUUUCCGAUUCGAGACUUCGUUCAAGGCUUGGGGUGCACAUGUCGACGGCAUCAUCGGCAAGGUGGGGGUACCUAUCGAAAUCCGUAGACAGGUGUGGGUGCUACUUGCAAAGAUUGUCGCCGGAGGCUGGUGCAACAAGGAUACGCUUCGCCGGGUGCUUGGUUGCUUAGCGUACAUCUUCCAAUAUCGCAGGGAAUUGUAUUGCCUACAACACCACAUCUAUAAGUAUGUGCAGGGCAUGCCGGAUGAACAAUGGUGCAGGCUCCCGCGGCAUAUUUUGGAUGAACUUCGUUCGUUUGCAUUGCACCUCCCCUUUGCUCUUUGGGACAUGCGUAGGAAGCUCAACUCCACCCUGAUCUCGACAGAUGCCACACCAACAUCAGGUGGCUCGGUGGCCUGCAACAUGCCGCCAGAGCUGGCGAAGGAGCUUUGGCGUCAGUCCGAGAUUAAGGGCGAGGCGGUUCGGUUGGACAGGGGCAUCGGGCCUGACCUCUCUUGGGACCUGCCAAAGGACCCUUCGAUCUUCGCGAGCACGGUUGCGGAGAGCAUGGACUGGCGGGUCACCGGGUCUUAUUCGUUCCGGCAAACUUCACAUGUGAACUUGCAAGAACUCCGAGCCCUGAGACGUGAGGUGAUCCGCAUGGCCCGCGCCCGGCAGCAUCGCAAUUCUGUGGUCGUAGCCUUGAACGACUCUAGGGUUGUUUGUGGGUGUGUUGCAAAGGGGCGCUCAUCAAGCUACAAGCUGAACGGCAUGUUGCGAGGCCUUCUUCCUCAUCUCGUUCUGGGCAAGAUCACGCUUGCCGUCUUAUGGGUGGAAACCUCAAACAACUAUGCGGACCACCCGUCUCGAUUUCGGGAGCUGCCUCCGCCUAGGCUGCCGCCUCCUUGGUUGCAACGUCUUGGAGUAUGUGCCUCAGCGAGAAUGACGGGUAUUGAGCUAUCGGCAGGAGGGUCGUCAGUAACGAGAGCACAUAUCGAAGCAGGCUUGCACAUGGCUGAGCCCAUUGACAUCACAUGUGACUUCGAUGCGCCGAGCCCUUGGAUUGAACAGUGGUUUGAGCUAGGUGUCGUUGAUUGGGUGUGGAUUGCUCCUUCAUUUGCUGCACCCCCUCACCAUCGACUCCAUCACAGAGGUUGUCGUUGCAGCUGGGAGGAACACGGGGUGGUACAAGAUGCCGAGGACUCGAUUGAUCCUCGCUGGUGUCGCAUUGUGGAGUUCGUGGAACGAAUCUUGUGCAUCGGAGGCUUCUUCUUUUUGGUGUGCCCCCGUGACACUGGGGUCUGGCUCUCAGCGGAGUUUCAGAGACUGCUCAAUCGCGAAGCGGUGAAAGUGCACCGCGUCGACUGGCACUACUUGCAUGAGGCGCUAACAGUGCAGGUGGAGACGCAGAGCCGGCCCGCGUUGGAGGACGCAGAGGCUGAUCACUGGACCGUGGUCGCUGAGAGUCCGAGGGCUGCUACGCGGGAGUCUCCUUCACCGCCAAGAGCUUCAAGAGCAAGCGAGACUGAGCAGGCGUCAGCGUCAAGCACUGGUCCUCAACCUCCGCUUCUUCGACGCACAGAGGCGCAGGCAAACAGUGGAGCGCGGGCGCGUGCAGCAGCCACCAGGGAACCCGGAGGCUGCCGCCCCACAGUGCGAGAGCAGCUAGAGAACGUUAAAGGCAGCUCGGUGGCGUACAGAGAGGACCUCCGUACGUACAUCAUCUUGGCCAAUCCGAAGCAGCCUCAUCGUUUAGGAUGGGUCCAGGGACCGGCAGGGGUGGUUUGGCCACAGCUCGAGGCGACGCUCCCCAACGGGCGACUUUACGGCUCAGCCGUCCGUCUUCGGCGGGUGAACGGCCUGGAGGAGGCCCGCGAGCUGUGGAACAAGUGCCAUCCGGGGAAGCCCAUGCCGCAGCUGCAACUAUGA